AUGAAUGCAUUCAAAUUGAGUUACGAAAAAUACACCUCUGUGGCGGAAUAUUUCAACCAGAAGUAUUCAUUUGGUGAGCGGGAGCCGUUAGAUCAGUUCUGUCCGCAUAUGCAUAUGCAAGGGCAUGGGGAAAGGCCACAUGUAGUAUGCCACCCCGAACAGUCCGCCUCGUCUGCGGGCAGUUUGAACCACGCCACGUUUAUCCUACAAAAAUCCCGUCGGGAACGAUUAAACAAUCUGAUUGCGGAUGAGUUGGAUCAACUGACUGUAGAAGUCGAACAAACUGGAAGCAUCACGCUUCGUCAUGUCUCUGACUGA